CAAACAAGACUGGACCGGAAGUGUGUAAUGAAUGAAGUCAUGCAGAAGGAGGAAACAGAUCUCGAUAGCUAAGAUGGCGGAGGAGCAGCAGGAAUCAUCACAGCCAGAGGUGGAGGGAGUGAACUGCCUCGCAUACGACGAGGCCAUCAUUGCUCAACAGGACAGAAUUCAGCAGGAGAUAGCCAACAGUAACCCGUUAGUGUCGGACAGACAGGACCUGGCGGUGCUGCAGAGGGAGUACGCUGACGAUGACACCGUUUAUCAGCUCAAGAUCAAGGACCUACACAAAAAAUACUCGUACAUCCGUAAGACGCGACCCGAUGGGAACUGUUUCUACAGAGCCUUUGGCUUCGCACAUCUCGAGUCGCUGCUUGAUGACAGCAAGGAACUUCAGAAGUUCAAAGCAGUUGCAACUAAAAGUAAACAGGACCUGGUUAAUGAGGGCUUCACUGAGUUUACCAUUGAAGACUUUCACAACACUUUCAUGGACCUGAUCGAACUGUGUGAGAAACAGCCGACCCUACAGGAAGUGCUGAACUCCUUCAACGACCAGAACGUGUCGGACUAUUUGGUCGUGUAUUUGCGGCUGCUCACCUCAGGCUACCUGCAGCGAGAGUACGGAUUCUUUCAGCAUUUCAUCGAGGGAGGACGCUCUGUCAAGGAGUUCUGUCAGCAGGAGGUAGAGCCCAUGUCUAAAGAAAGUGACCACAUUCACAUCAUCGCCUUAGCCCAGGCCCUGGACGUUUCCAUUCUGGUGGAGUACAUGGAUAGAGGAGAAGGAGGAACAGUCAAUCACCACGUCUUCCCUGAAGGAGGCGACCCACGCAUCUUCCUCCUCUAUAGACCUGGCCAUUAUGACAUCUUGUACAAAUAACACUCCUGGCCUCAUCCCAUCUCAUUGUCUGGGUAAAAAAAAAAGUAACUUCAGCAGCCGCGUUGAUGAAGCAUACAUCUGUGUACGAGAUUACACACAUGUUUUUGAAAAAAAUUACAUAUAAAGUCACAUUACAUGCCUCCAGUUCCCCUCUCGCCCCCAAACUUCCAAGUUUCUCCUCAGUCAUCACAGAAUGGUUAAUAAAACAAAGUAUUUGGAAUAAUAGAAUUGACUCCAGGCAUUUAGAGUUGUACAGGUUUUUUUUUUUCUUUUGUGGUUGUAAAUGUUAUCUACUUGCUUUGUUUGAUUCUUUUCCUUUGUUACACUGCGUUUCAUUGAGUUUUAUUAAAGGGAUUUACAUCUUA